AUGGGAUUUGGAACGAUGUUCAACAAAAAAAAGGAUUCCGAUGGUUCGUCUUCUUCGCUUCCGGGCGGUGGCUCGGCGUCUCGAAUCGGCGCAGAUUCACCGUACCUUCAAAAGGCACGCUCAGGGAAAACGGAGAUCCGAGAACUCGAGGCGGUGUUUAAAAAAUUCGACGUGAACGGAGACGGUAAGAUCUCGUCCAAGGAGCUCGGCGCGAUAAUGGCGAAUCUAGGCCACGAGGUUCCCGAGGAGGAAUUGCAGAAGGCGAUUACCGAGAUCGAUCAGAAAGGAGACGGUUACAUAAACUUCGAGGAGUUCGUGGAGCUGAACACGAAGGGGAUGGAUCAGAACGAUGUGCUGGAGAAUCUGAAGGAUGCAUUCUCGGUGUAUGAUAUCGACGGGAACGGAUCGAUCUCGGCGGAGGAGCUGCACGAGGUUCUGAGGAGUCUCGGUGAUGAAUGCUCGAUCGCGGAAUGUAGGAAGAUGAUCGGCGGCGUGGAUAAGGACGGAGAUGGGACGAUCGAUUUCGACGAGUUUAAGAUUAUGAUGACGAUGGGAUCUAGGCGUGAUAACAUCAUGAGGUAG